GAGAGAGACAGAAAGAAAUGGAGACAGAGAGAGAGAGAGAGAGAGAGAGAGAGAAAGAGAUACCGCUUAUUAGUGGCAAGGAAAGUAGGGUGGAGAAAGGUAGAGUGAAAGAGAGAUAUAAGGAGCUUCUCCAUCUUCUACCUACUGACUGUGGAGGGAGAGAGAGACAGAGAGAGACAGAGAGAGGCAGAGAGAGAGAGUCAGAGAGAGAGAGAGAGAGAGAGAGAGAGAGAGAGAGAGAGAGAGAGAGAAAGAGAGAGAGAGAGGCAGUGCAGUAGCAAGACAACAAUAAAAGAGGUAGAAGUGCAGGGGAGGAGGAGUUGGGGAGUACACCACCACCACCACCACUGCCACCGCCAGCCUGACAUCACCACUAGCAGCCUCACACCACACAAGACCAGCGACACCACCUUCCUGCUCGCCGCCGCCAAACUCUCCGCGCCAUGUAUCUCAACCGGGAGGAGAACACCAGCAAAGGCUCCUUGUCCCUCAGUGUGUUCCUGGUCUCCCUAGCAGUGACAGUGUGUGCUGUGUGGCUAGUGGCUCUUUGUGGCGUCUGUGGUUGGUGUCAACGCAAGCUGGGGAAGAGAAAUAAGCCGGGAGUGGAAACGGCAGACACUCCGGACUCAGCACGUGGGCGAGGGGAGAAGAAAGCCAUCAAUGAUCUAGACAGAGACUUUUGGAAUAACAAUGACAGCAGCACAGUGCAGCAGAAGUGGAGCUCCUAUCCGCCAAAGGAAUUCGUACUUAACAUUUCUCCUUAUGCCCCAUAUGGAGAUCCUCGCCUCACACUCAAGUGAGUCUUGGUCCAAGGUUGGUAAGAGCCUUCCCCGCCCCCCCACCCCCCACACCUGAGCAGGGCUGUAAUGAGAAAAGGGCACCACCACUCCUUUCUGUAUCCUUCCUUCCCUUUCACGUCCCUCCCCUCCCUUUGGCACCACUUACCAAUCAUCUUUCUGACGACACUUUCAAUGGACCUAGUUCGGGGGUCGGCAACCUGCGGCUCUGGAGCCGCAUAGCGCCGCCCUAGUGGCUUUCUGGAGCUUUUUCAAAAAUACAUGAAAAAUGGAAAAAUAUGAGGGGAAAAAACAUAUUUUUUCUUUUAUUAUGAAUUCUGUAGAAGGACAAACAUGACACAAACCUCCCUAAUUGUUAUAAAGCACACCGUUUGUAUUAAACAUGCUUCACUGAUUCGAGUAUUUGGCGAGCGCUGUUUUGUCCUACUAAUUCUGGCGGCCCUUGAACUCACCGUGGUUUGUUUACAUUUAUAACUUUCUCCGACUUUCUAAGACGGGUUUUAUGGCGCUUCUUUUUCCAUCUCAUUUUGUCCACCAAACUUUUAACGUUGUGCAUGAAUGCUCAAAGGUGAGUUUUGUUGAUGUUAUUGACUUAUGUGGAGUGCUAAUUAGACAUAUUUGGUCACUGCAUGACUACAAGCUAAUCGAUGCUAACAUGCUCUUUAAGCUAGCUGUAUGUACAUAUUGCAUCAUCAUGCCUCAUUUGUCGGUAAAUUUGAACUAAUUUAGUUUCCUUUAAAUCCUCAUAAGUCAAUUUAUACCUCAUGACACACUAUCUGUAUGUAUUAGGGAUUUUAAUUUUUUGCGGCUCCAGACGGAUUUGUUUUUGUAUUUUUGGUCCAUUAUGGCAGUGUUUCUCAAAUGGGGGUACGCGUACCCCUGUGGGUACUUGGAGGUAUGCCCAGGGGUAUGUGAGAUUUUUUUUUAAAUAUUCUAAAAAUAGAAACUAUUCAAAAAUCCUUAAUAAAUAUAUUCAUUGAAUAAUACUUUAACAAAAUAUGAAUGUAAGUUCAUAAACUGUGAAAAGAAAUGCAACAAUGCAAUAUUCAGUGUUGACGGAUAGAUUUUUUGUGGAGAUGUUCUAUAAAUAUUGAUGCUUAGGAUUUCUUUUUUUGAGAAGAAAUGUUUAGAAUUCAGUUCAUGAAUCCAGACAAUCCCCAAAGAGGGCACUUUAACUUGAUGAUUACUUCUUUUGUGUAAAAAUCUUUAUUUAUAAUUGAAUCACUUGUUUAUUUUUCAACAAGUUUCUAGUUUUUUUAUAUAUAUUUUUUACAAAUAGUUAAAGAAAGACCACUACAAAGGAGCAAUAUUUUGCACUGUUAUACAAUUUAAUAAAUCAGAAACAGAAUAUAUAGUGCUGUAUUUUAUUUCUUUAUCUCUUUUUUUUUCAACCUAAAAUGCUUUGCUUUUAUUAGGGGGUACUUGAAUUAAAACAAUUUUCACAUGGGGUACAUCACUGAAAAAAGGUUGAAAACCACUGCAAUAUGGCUCUUUCAACAUUUUUGGUUGCCGACCCCUGACCUAGUUUAAUAAAUUUAAAUAAUUUUUUUGUUUGUCAGAUGAACUUUUUUCUCUCUUGACAUACACUAUAUUGCCAAAAGUAUCUGCCCAGAUGCCUUCACUCAAAACUUGAAAUGCCAUCCCAUGGAAAUAUCCAAAAUGUUUUGGUAUCCUGGAGCAUUCAAAGUUCCUUGGGCCAAGCCCAACUCCUGAAAAAACAAUCCCCCACCAUAAUUCCUCCUCCACCAAAUUUCCACUCGGCACAAUGCAGUACGAAAUGUGGCGUUCUCCUGGCAACCGCCAAACCCAGACUCGUCCAUCAGAUUGCCGGAUGGAAAAGUAUGAUUCAUCACUCCAAAUAAGCUCUACAGGACAGUGGCGACGUGCUUUACACCAGAGGUCCCCAACCACCGGCCCAAUUGGUACCGGGCCGCAGAAGAAUUUUUUAUUCAUUUUUAUUUAAAAAAAUAAAUAAAUAAACAUUUUUUUUUUUAUUAAAUCAACAUAAAAACACAAUAUACACUUACAAUUAGUGCACCAACCACAAAAACCUCCCUUUUUCAUGACAAAAACGUCCCUUUUUCAUGACGAAGAAAAAAAAAAAAAAAAAAAAAGGACACCCCGUCACCCCACCCGGGCCGCGGGACUAAUUAUUAAGCGUUGACCGGUCCGCGGAUACAAAAAGGUUGGGGACCACUGCUUUACACCACUGCAUUCGACGCUUUGCAUUGGACUUGGUGACGUUUGGCUUAGAUUAGCUGCUCAGCCAUGGAAUCCCAUUUCAUGAAGCUCUCUGCGUACUGUAUGUGGGCUGAUUGGAAGGUCACACGAAGUUUGGAGCUCUGUAGCAACUGACUGUGCAGAAAGUCUUUGCACUAUUCGUGACCCCUCUCUGUCAGUUUACGUGGCCUACCACUUGGUGGCUGACUUGCUGUUGUUCCCAAACUCUUGACUUUUCUUAUGAUAAAGUUGACUUCGGAAUAUUUAGGAGUGGGGAAAUUUCAGGACUGAAUUUGUUGCACAGGUGACAUCACUGGAAAUCACUGAGAGCGGUCCUUUCUUUCACAAAUGUUUGUAGAAACAGUCUCCAUGUCUAACUGCUUGAUUUUAUACCCCGGGCCAAGUGAUUAGGACACCUGAUUCUCAUCCUUUGGAUGAGUGGCAAUAUAGUGUACUUAGCAAACGCCACACUACAAAUUGUAGUAUGGCACAAUGAAUCCAAACAGGGGAUUUAAAGGCCGAGUGGUAUUGUUCAUUAAUUUUUAUGAACAAUCGUAAGAAUGGCAAGAAACACAGACACACCUACGGUAAUUUGAGAGCAUGAAUGGUUACUAAUAAUUACUCAUAAUAGUCUCCUCUGCUAAUGUGAGUUGGUAAAAUGUCAUACACACAUACAUUACAGCCUCCUUGCGACAGCCAUUCGAUUAUUACCCCGGAGCAAAGAAGCACAGCCCUGCAACUCCCCCAGGCUCCUUUUGGCUGCUCCUCCUGACUUCCUGUCACCUUUUAAUGAACACCCAGGCACAUGUUCCGAUGCCAGCCCAACUCCCUACAGCCCUGCCGGUCAUACUAACUCCUGACCUCUAACUUCUCACCUCUCUCCCAUGGAGUGUAACCAUGGAGACGGACAACCCUCGUAGCUUUCCUCUGUAAAUGAUGUACUGUAUAUACUGUUCUGUAAUUGUUGUAUCACCCCAAUUCUUUCCUUCUGUGCUGUGGUCGUGUCGUGAUGUUGUUGUGGAGGGUUGACCGUUACGCCAGGUUGCAGUGUGAUGCCAGUGUUCACCUGUGGUUGACAUCCAUCUGUGGCCUUCCUCUGAUUCCUCCCCAUCUAUGAUGUGCACGACACUAACACUUGAACUGCAUAUCCUGUCCAUCACAAUUCUAACAUGAUCCAAUACAAGUAAUGUUUGAAUCCAGUAAAAGCUCGGGCAGGGGCACUUUUAUUUCCCUCCAGGCAGUAUGAGUGAUAUGCGUAAGCUUAGAUAGACAUCCUGCAACCAGGAAUCUGUCAGAUAAACUGUCAAUUGACUGGUCAUUUUUAAUAGGCUGACCUGUUAAGGAAUAUGUGCAAACCUAUAGACAUGAGGUAUAGUACUGUGCUGGUUAAAGUGUGGGAUACAUGAUAUCCUGUCUAAAAACUUCUCCAAAAAGUGAUGGCUGCAGAUCCCGGUAAAAAAAGCCUCAAAGCCUGUAUUUUGAAAAGUUCAUUUUUUUUUAAUAACCGUCAUGGUUGGCAUUUAUUGUCCAUAAAGUUGCUUUAUGCUCCAGUUGUUCUUUGGUCCACUCGCAUUGUAGUAAUGGACUAUUUUCAGUGCAAAAAUGGCAAAAUUGAUUUCUUUGUCAACAGUGUGCCGGAAAAUAUACAGGUAUUGAAAUAGUGACAAAAACAUCUACAAUAUGUCUUCAUAAAAAGGUUGCAGGGGAUGACCUUUUGACUUUGACCAGUUAGUUUAUAUCAGAGGUCCCCAACCACCGGUCCGGGGACCGGCACCGGUCUGUGACGCAUCUGCUUUCGGGUCACACAGAGACAUUAAAUAAUUUAAAAAAUAUACAUAUAUAUACAACAUUCCCUCCCAGACACACAAAUAAGCUUGUUCUUCCUGGCAGGAAGUCACCAUUUGCUAUAUUUGUUACAUCUUUGUUACAUGGGACAAUGCGCAUUACCAAACAUAUAGAAUAUAAAGGGAACAAAUCGUAGCCAAAAGCUAGGUUCCAUCUGUAGUCCGUGGCAGGCUAAUGACCUAAGAUCAGGGAAGAUCAGGAACAAAGUGACCAUAGACUAUAAAGUGCAUAAGGUAGAUGGAGAAUUGUUAAAUUGUUGCAUAUAAUAAUUGUGCUGAAGAAAGAAAAUCCACAUCUCCGUUGACCUUUUAAGUUAAAAUGCUGCUAUUAUUGCACAUAGCCCUAUUACACAAGUAGUUAGCAAUAACAGAUGUAUUUACCCAUGGAAAAUUGGGCCAAAAAAAGCUAACAUUGUUAUGAAAUAUUGCUCAAAAUACGAAUACAUAACUUUUAGAAUGGAAAUAGAAAUCCAAAGAAAUCUAUUGGACCUGAUGACAUGUAAUUCUAGCUUGGUUAUAUAUCCAUGCGUUUGUCCUUGAAGGUGAUGUAUCACCUAUAACUCAUUAGAUACUGAAACCAAAAAAAGCCUACUAUGAGGAAAAAGGGAGUAAAAAACAAAAAUCUGUGGAGAGCUUUUUUGCAAAGGAAAAAAGCCAGUGGCUCCCAAUAAUUCAAUGUUAUGGUGAGUUUUUCAUGUAUUCAUUUUUCAUGCACUUAUUUGCUAUAUUUAUCUGCCAAGAGUUGAUGGCCGGUCCGUGAAAAAAAAUGCCUACAUUAAACCAGCCCCUAGUGCAAAAAAGGUUGGGGACUCCUGCUUUAUAUGAACUUUGAGCAGAUGGAAGCCGCAUUAUUUCCUUUUUCCACUAUGGGAAAUUGCUUUGAGUCUCUAGAGAAAAGUGCUAUAUAAAUAUAAUUCACUUGACUUCAGACUUUUAAGGUUUUCUUGAGAUCAGUAGCUUUGACAGUUGUGGCACGGGGCCUCAUUUAUCAAAUAGGCUACCAUUCUGUGGGAUCAGUCUUCAUCUUUAUAGAAUUACUAGAGUGGAAUGUCAAUGCAACCAUUUUUCAAAGCUUUUACAUGUAUUUAUUUAGCUGUAGCGACCUGACACAAUUGUGAAAAUCUCUGAAUGAACAUGAAUCAUUAGUACAAUUUUCACAGUGAAACUGGUGGAAUGUAUUUACUGUAUAUGAUACUUUUAUCUUAUCAAUCCGACACAUCUGACGGGAGGGACUGUCAAAGAUAAUACGACCAUAUUUCUUUUAUUAAUCACGUUUAGUGAAGCUCAGGCAGUAAAAGGAUGGAUACCUGCCUAUUCUGCACAUUCCUGUAAAUACUCGUGUUGAUUUAUGGCCCCAUUUAUUUACGUGUUCCUACUUUGGAUAGAAGUAAAGACCUUGUUCACCUUGUUCACCUUGCAUUCAGCUCGAUAAGCAAGGCCCGUGUCUCCAGGGUCGACCAUUGUUCCAACCGGGUCGUUUUUAUUGAUGACUUAUCUAUCAGAUCACAAUAAAAUAUGAAGGUUGACACUAAAAGGGACGCAACACAAAUGUUGCCCCCUGACCGCAGGAUUCUCCAUGUGUGUGGACCGUGCAUGUUAAUAAAAUACAGUUACGUAUUGAUUAACUCGGCUUUUAAUGAUGUUAUAAUCCUGAAAACAGCGUUUAACAAGCUUUUGGUCAGGUUGACCACAAGAUGUGUUAACUCUGACAUAGGCUAUGACUUGUUUUGUGUUUCCUCCACACUAGUAGACAUUCCAUAUUGUAUAUGCACCUUAGGAGGAGCUGCUCCAAUUUCGUUGUUCUUUGAACCUGUUCAUUGCAAUAAUGACAA